GUAGACACGGUUAAGGGAGAGUUUACUGAGGAUAUAAGUAAACUAGAUCCAGAAAAACCAGUAAUAUGUGUGUUCAAGCAUAACAUGCACUGUGAAGUCUUCAAGGGAACAUACUGGCUGAACAUGUGGCCCAAGAAAUGGAAAAUUCCCGAUAUUCCAGCCCCUGACUGUUUCGGAGAAGAAUCCGACAUGGAUCUUGCAGAAUGGUACAAAACCUGGAUGAACUUCAAAGCUAGAGAGGAUGAUAUUAUCAUCUCUGCUUAUCCUAAAUCAGGCCAUCACUGGAUGUUUGAAGUCGUCCAAAUGUUGCUAAAUCAUACCACCAAAAGUGCGAAUAAGUGUAAGGAGAGCAAUUUCAUUGAAAUAAGAACAAUGGAGGAACUUGAAGCGAUGCCAUCUCCCAGAAUCCUCUUGACCCAUUUCGAAUACGAUCACAUGGCUCCCGACAUCUUGAAGAAAGGUUGCAAGAUAUUCUAUAUCUACCGAAACCCUAAGGAUGUGGCUGUUUCUUUUUUCUAUCACAUGACCACAGUUCAGGCUGGAACUGGAACCUGGGACCAAUACUUUGAUUUAUUAAUCAGUGGAACCCAUCAAGCUGGUCGGUGGUUGGAUAAUGUACCUAACUGGUGGGAGAAGAUCAAGAAUGACAAGAAUACACUCAUACUAAGCUAUGAGCAAAUGAAAAAGGACUUUGUCACAAAUGUAAAGAAAUUAUCAGAAUUCCUUGGGAAAACCUACGACAUGAACUUCUAUGAGGAAGUGGAAAAAGCUUGUAGCAUAAAAGCGAUGAAGAAAAAUCCAAAGCUAGAUCCAUUAACAGAAUUGGUGAAACAAGGAAAGCCUGGCAUGAUUCGUAAAGGUGAAAUAGGAGGAUGGAAGAAUUACUUCACUGUUGCACAGAAUGAACUCUUUGAUGCAGAGUACCACAAAGUUAUGGUGAACCAUAAGGACCUCGUAGUGGAGUUUGAAUAAUUCAGAAUUAUAAAUGUUUGAUAUAAUUGCUGUGGUUCAAGAAUGAAAAGAGCCCGGGGGUUCACUCUGAAUAAUUUGGAUAGGUAUGUGCAGUACUGCCAAUUUUGGGUUUGACCAUAAACCAUGGAAACGGUACAAUCUGAGAGGAACAAAACAUGGAAAAUUGUCGUUUUAUGUCAAAAUUCAGAUUUGUAUAAAAAAUGGUAUUAAAUUGGUUAAAAUCAGUUGCCAAGUCCUUGGACAAAUUACAGGAUAGUGGAUUUUCUAUUCAAUUUGAAUGAUAUUCAAGAAAUAUAGUCCCAGCAAACUCCCGAGGGGAAUUAAACAUGGACAUUUUCAAUCUUGAGAGGAAAUUGACAUGGAAAAAAUGCUCAGAAAGUUUUUUUUGCACGGCACAUAGGUAUUAAGAGGUAUAUUGGAGUGAAACCUCUGAU